AUGUGGGCCGCCGCACAUUUCGUCAAAGAAAUCCAGCCAUACGAGCGCGACUUCAGCACUAAAGAUCCGCUCAUCGAUCACAAGCACCGACACAACCAGAUUGGCGGCGGGUGGAAUUGGAUACUCGCAUUCCUUCUCCCGGUCGCCAUCACAGUAGCUGUCGGAGCUAUCCGUCGCUCAGCCAUUGAUAUCCAUCACAGUGUACUAGGCUUCUACACGACAGGCGGUCUCACAUAUCUGCUUACCGAAUUCCUCAAGAAUAGGGUAGGACGUCUUCGGCCCGACUUCCUCGACCGCUGUAAAUGGGAUAAAGAUUUCAAGGCUUGUACAGGGAAGCUUGACUCUGUCCUUGACGGACGCCGGUCGUUCCCGUCAGGCCACUCGUCCAUAGCGUGGGCCGGCAUGAUGUUCCUGUCCCUUUGGAUCGCAGGCGCAACAGGAGCGUGGCGUCUUACGGAGCCGGUCCCGUCCGGCUUUCACCGUAGCAAGUUCGGGCGGAUCGCACUCUCGCUAGCUCCGCUAGUGUUUGCGACAUGGGUCGCGGUAUCUCGCGUUGAGGACUACAGACAUCACAAAGAAGACGUGAUAGUAGGAAGCCUCCUCGGGGCCACCUGCGCCACGAUCUGCUACCUCAUCUACUUCCCGAACCCCUUCGCGGCCGACUCACACGGCGCACGACGGCUCUACAACGCCGAGCUCUCCAGGUCGGGAGGCGCGAUGUCCCGCGGCGACCCGUACGCGUACGAGCUGGCGGGCUUGACGAACGAGCGAGGAGAGCAGAGUGCAUAA